CUGGGAGGCACAGGGACUGGCUCACACUACACCACUCAGCUGAACUUUUUUUUAAAAAUAAAAAAUUUUUCCUGCAAAUUUUUCCAUGUUUUUGGUGUAAAACCUCUGCCGGCUGUACUGAGGAUUAUCCCAGGGAUUGGACAUGCAGCCGCUUCAGCUUGUAGCCAGGAUUAAACGAUGAUUCCUUGAGUUGAGAAGUGCGUUGGGCAAUGACGACGAUUAUGAUGGGCUCUUGGCGAUCGGUCAGCGCUGGACAUUUGAUGGCCCGCAGGGGGCUUGGCGCUGCACAGUGACCAAAAUGAGCAAGCUCGGCUUCCAGAAUAACAGAGUCAUGCAGGAUCGGCGGAGCGUGUGUGUCUUCCUACCUAAUGAUGACACCCUGAAUAUCAUCAUUAAUGUUAAAGCACUUUGUCAGGAGUUGUUGGAUCAGAUCUGCGAUCUCCUCAGGCUGAAAGAUUGCCACCUCUUUGGACUCAGUGUUAUUCAAAACAAUGAACAUAUAUACAUGGAACUUUCCCAGAAGCUUUAUAAAUACUGUCCCAAGGAGUGGAAGAAGGAGGCCAGCAAAGGAAUUGACCAGUUUGGCCCCCCCAUGAUCAUUCAUUUCCGAGUACAAUACUAUGUGGAAAACGGCAGAUUAAUAAGUGACAGAACAGCACGUUAUUACUACUACUGGCACCUAAGGAAGCAAGUCUUGCUCUCACAGAGCACUGCCAGGGAGGAAGCCUACUUUCUGCUGGCCGCCUUCGCCCUACAAGCCGACCUAGGGAACUACAAAAGGAACAAGCACUAUGGAAAGUACUUUGAACCAGAAGCCUACUUCCCUACCUGGGUGAUUAAAAAGAGGGGGAAGGAUUACAUUUUGAAGCACAUUCCCAAUAUCCACCGCGACCAAUUUGCGCUGACCGUGCCGGAAGCACAUCUCAUGUAUAUAAAAGAAGCCGCCAGACUGGACGAUGUUGCUGUCCAUUACUACAGGUUGUACAAGGAUAAGAGAGAGGUAGAAGCUUCGCUGGUACUUGGGCUGACACUAAGAGGAAUCCAGAUCUUCCAGGGUUCGGGCGAUGAGAAGCGGCUCCUCUACGACUUCCCCUGGACCAACGUAGGAAAGUUAGUGUUUGUGGGCAAGAAGUUUGAGAUCUUACCGGACGGUCUUCCCUCCGCCAGGAAACUGAUCUACUACACCGGCUGCUCCAUGAGAUCUCGGCACCUCCUGCAGCUGCUCAGCAAUAGUCACCGCUUAUAUAUGAACCUGCAGCCUGUCCUGAGGCAGGUCCGAAAACUGGAGGAGAAUGAAGAGAAGAAACAAUACAGGGAGUCGUACAUCAGCGAUACCUUGGAUCAGGACAUGGAUCAGUUAGAGAAGAGAUCGAGGGCGAGCGGCAGCAGCGCAGGAAGCGUCAAGCACAAGAGACUCUCCCGUCACUCCACGGCCAGUCACAGCAGCUCUCACACCUCAGGGAUAGAGGCCGACACCAAGCACAGGGACAUAGGGGCCGAGGACAGCUUCUCCGGGACACCGCUGCACCGCAAGCUGAAGACCUGCAGCUCCAUGACCUCGCACAGCAGCUCCCACACCUCCGGGGCCGAGAGCGCUGGGAAGGACAGGCUGGAGGACGACUCACAAGAUGACGAGAUUGAGAUGCUGGUAGACGACCCUAAGGACAUGGACUUACCUUUGGAUGUCAGUCCUGACCUGUGUAUUUAUAUUACGGAAGACAUGUUGGUCUCACAGCAAACGAAUGGAUAUUCUGGAUUAGUAGUAAAGGAAGUGAACUCCUCAACCUCCAGCUCUUCAGAAACCGUGGUCAAGCUCCGUGGUCAGAGCAUUGACUCGUUGCCACAGACCGGUUGUAGGAAACCAAAGACCUCGACGGAUCGGCACAGCUUGAGCCUGGACGACAUCCGCUUGUACCAGAAAGACUUCCUCCAGAUGGCCGGCCUGUGCCAGGACACCGCCCAGAGCUUCACCUUCGGCUGCGGCCACGACGCCGACAACAGAGGCCUUUACUGUAAUGGCUGCCUGGCCCAGCAGUGCAUCAACAUGCAGGAGCCCUGUACGGCCAAGAAGGCCAGCAAGUACUUCUCUUUGGACCUUACCCACGACGAAGUCCCCGAGUUUGUAGUGUAACCGUAUCCCAGGCCUGGCCGUCUGCGAUCUCCAUUAACCCCGCGGGAAGAUUGUAUCUUUCUACCAUAUUUUUUUUAUUUUUUUUUUUAAAGAAACUUUUUAAAAAAGAAAUAUUUUGAUACUAAAAAAAAAUGAAAGACCGAUGGGACUUGACAUUUGUACAGAUUAAUGUUUUGUGUAAAAAUCCGCUAAACCGAUUGGUAUUACGUUGGGGCAGAAUAUGGUACUAAUUUUAUAUGUACAGAAAAAUGCGCAAAUUUACUUCUCCGGUAUGCCAAAGAGUGGUCUUCUGCAAAAUGGUGACCGUAGAGUGGGGAUUACCAACCAGGGUGCCUCUAGUUGCAAAACUACAACUCCCAGCAUGCCUGGACAUCCUGUCCGGGCAUGCUGAGAGAUGUAGUUUUGCAACAGCUGGAGGCACCCUGGUUGAGAAACACCGCCAUGGAUGGUCUCUGUAGGAGGACACAGCUACAAAAAAAAAAAGUUUAUAUUCCAUGUGGGGUAGAU